UGCACCUGACAGGAAGCGUUGAAUCCCAGUUGGCGCGCGACUGGAUGUAAACAAACUGUCAACACGCGGAGACGCGGCGGAAGUUUCCUCACUCACUCACAGGUACAUUUUGCGACCAGUCGUCCCACUGUCCUCCCCGGGGACACCUCGGCCAUGACAGCGAUGUUUUCCAACUCCAGAAUAACGUUUACCCAAGCCGGCAGGGCGGAAGCAGCGGACUUUUAGGCGACAAUGUGCAAUGCUGUGGCGUUAUGGAGACACAACGCGGUGAAAAGCUGUAUAGAAAUCCCCGUAUAGUUUCCCUCUGUGGGAAGAUCAUCUUAUUUGAUAACAAACGAGCUUCAGGCAAAAGCAACAGUGGGAAAAGUGAGUUAAUAUCCCGCUGCCUCUCAUAUGAUCGGGGGAGCAACACGUUCCUGGACGAUGGAGCAGCUGUCAUCAGCAGGAAAACAUCCGCCCAAGUGGACAUCGUAGCCUGUAAAUGUGCCUUAGACCUCCAGAGGAGAGUAACCACACCUUGUGUAGUAGUGUGCCAGAGGGGUGAGAGAGGAGAUGGCUUCAUGUAUAGUCUGCUAACACUGUGUGACUCACACAGACUGGAGUCAUGCUUUGAGUUUAAGCUUCCUUAUCAAAUUAAGGGGGCUGCGUCCAUCCUGCAGGGCCCCACAGUGUUGUGGAGCCACACUGGUCAUGUCUUCUAUACCUCUCCGCAGGCAGGAGAGGUGAGCCAGAUUCCCCUGCAGUUGUCCCACAGUGUGUUUGGGGAACUCCCCCUCCUCAGAGGUCAGGUAUUUGUUCUCGGGCUGCAAAAUGAGUGCGAUAAGCCCUCAGGCCCAACCCUGGGUUAUUUCCCUCAGACUGGAGAAGCUUUCGAUGGCGCUCAGAUUUUACCUCACCCCUACAUCGGCAUCACACGCUGCAUCUUGGUGCUCUCGGCCGAGAAAGUGGACGGGGCCCUGAAAUCUGCUGUGGUUGCAGUAACUUCUCACCAGCAGCUUGUUUAUUUCCAGAGUGGGGUUGUAAAAGACACAUGUCACCUCCCCUUCCAGCAGCCAGAAGACAUUCAGUUGGUCAACUGUGGAAGGAAUGGCUGCCUGUUUGUCAUAUCCUUUCACCAGGGUCAUGUUUGUGCUAUAUGGAAGGAAACACUUCAGAUAGCCUCUCAGUGGUCAGGUGUCAGCUCUGUCCAUGUGGAUGACUUCUUGGGAUGUGGAACAGACCAGAUCCUCUUGGUUUUUAAGGAUGAGAGUGUAACAGGGCAGCAGCUAGAAAAUGUCCUCAUCACGGACCUCUGUGGUAUUUCAUAUUCUCACGGACAGGAUGCUUAUGGUCCAAAGCAAUCGUCUCCUCCACCAGAGAACAACCUUCUUACUCUUCAAGCCUUGGAGUCCAGACUACAGAGUGGACUGACCGUGCUUCAGGAGCUUCAAGGAGAAGUGAGAGUGAAGGACAGAGUUGUACAUCAGGCAGUUCAAGCCCUGGCUGAUGCAGUUUCUGGAAGAGAAGCUGUUCUCACACAACCCGAGCAGGAAGGUCUCGUCGCUCUGUGGGACUCUGAUGAUGAGUCAAAGGAUGAGGCCUCGGAUGACAAGAUGCAGGACAUGCCGGCAGUGUCUCCUGAACCUCACGUUGACAAGCUGUGGCAUCGCGUUGCAGAGGACCGAAUAGUUGUGGGGGUGAUACUGACGGUGGACAGCGCAUUACCAGUGGCCAGUGUGAGCUUAUCUAUCCUGACAGAGACGGGCCAGGGCUCAACGCCUGCAGUCAUCCAGACCCAGAGCCAAGUGUUAUGGCUCCCCACACCUUGCCCAUCACCCUCCUCCUCCGCCUCCACGCCACCGGAGCCCGCAGCCAAAAGAAGCAAGCAGCACAACGCCGGCACACCCAAUGAUCUCAACACAUGCAGAAUGGCUGUGACUGCUGUGACCAGGCUGAUUCCUCUGUUGAACUCUGGCUGUGUCAAGUGCCAUGUUAUGCUCCAUUACGUCCAGAGACGAGAUGCUUCUUCUUCCCUGAGCAGUCCAACACCGCUUGUUGUGCACUGCGGUCAAGUUUCUCUAGAAAUCCACGGUGAUUUUCAAACCCCACUGCUCAAAAACCCCAAAUUCAAAACAGAUGAGGUUAAAGAGGACUUGCUGAGUUUGUUGACUGUGCUGGAUCGCUGGGUCUUCCACAUAGACUCUCCCGAUCACAGCUUAGGUGAUAUAGACGGCUGGAUUCGGAGAAGAGUGGGUUGUGAGAGGAUAGAAGUGAGCCCUCAGUAUCUACUGAUCAAUUCUUCGGGACCAUCUGCUCUCAUGCUGUCGCGCUGGAGCCAGAUAACCCCUUUUCAGGGGGAACUCUCUGUCCACUCCAGCGAGUUACAGGUGCUUCAGUUCCUGGACUCUCUCCUGGCUUUCCUCCCUGCGUCCUGCUCUGUCCGGCCUGUCCACGGCACAAGAGGGCAGGGUGCUGCUCAAACAUUUUCUUUGGCGUUGGAAAAAGAGGUGGUGUCGCUCAGAGAUUCGGUGUCGUUGCUUCUGCACGACAAAGAGGAGGAGGAUGAUAAGAGGAGGAGGUGCCGUGGACAUGAUGAGACCCCUCCUGAGCCUGGUUCUGUGGAGGCGCUGCAGAGGUGUAGGGAGGCAUGGCAGCAGGACGUGGAGCGGAGUAGGACGAGGUUGAGCCCCCUGGUGGAUGUGGGGCGGUAUCGUAAGCUGACCCGAAGCGUUCUCGACGUCCAGCUUGAUGGGGAUUUGGCUGCUCUCUUAGAAAUACAGAGGACUUUGCUCCACUAAUGUUCUGCUGACAUAGUCACUGUUGACAAUCCCAUUGUUAAUAUUCUGGCCCCAUGGAGUGCUUUGUCUUAAUGUUGGAAAAACCCAAUAAUAGUGUAAUAUCUAAUAGUACAUAAUGUGUCUCUACAAACUUCCUGCCCCUCUUGCUGUCCUGGUUUCUCUCUGAGCUGGACUCUGUGUGUGUGCGUGUGUGUCUGCUCUCUCAGACAGCCCCAAGGGGUCGGGGGGGGCAGUUCAUAUCUUUAGAGUGUCUGUCGCUGAAUUGAGCCCCUGCCUAUUUCUAUUGGAUCACCUCCUGGGUUUCACAGCUUUAAUCGGAUACUGAUGCAAUAGUAACUCUGAUCAGCUUAUUCCUCAGCUCAUGUCCCCUCAGACCCUGGUUUUCAGUACAGGGAGACAGACACUUUCAUCUGUGACUGAGAAACAAUUUGUGUUAUGAUAAAAACAACAGAUGAAAGGGGUUAUAUAUUUCUCCCUGACUGGCUAUAGGCUACUAAAAGCGUUAAGUGGUUUUUUCUCUCAUGGCCUCCUCUAUCUUUCGAUGAAACGGUGGAAAGGAAAGCAGUCUGUGGAGGCUGUUUCUCUCCUGACGUCAGUGUUGUUCAAUGACUUUCAUCAAAGCAAACAUCAAAUCCAACUUUAGAGUCUUUGCUGGAUACAUAGAGUCGGUGGCAGCUUGACCAGCAGUGUUUGCUUAAAUGGAUGAGUUUUUUUUCUUGUCUACCAGAGGGGGCUGAUGAACGAAUGUGCAUUUUGUUUGUUCUUGGAACUGUUCCAACUCUGUGUGUGCGUGGUGCGUGCGUGUGUGUAUGCGCGUGUGUGCGCAUGUGCAUGCAUGCAUGUGUGUAUGCGCGUGUGUGCGCAUGUGCAUGCAUGCGUGUGUGUGUGUGUGUGUUCCUCACUCACUCACUCAUUCUGGGGAGAGUUCCACUCCCACUCUUUUACACCUUUUAAUAUCUUUGCUUCAGUGCACACAACCACUUCCACUCAACUCGCUGCCACAGGACUCCCUUUAAACAUAGAUAUGACGUAAUUACUUCAAAGUCCUCGAUUUCCUGGAGUUAUUCCGACAUGUCUUUUAUGAUAUAUAUUCUGCUGAAACACUGUUAAAUAAAUAAAUAUUUUCAGUUUUUUUCAGAUGAAAAUAAAAUCUCCUCUUUGAAGAUCAGUUAGCUUUUGCUGUUCUAUUCAGACAACUCGACUCCAGCCACCAUUCAAGCUCAGUCCACACAUAAACACCUUUUUCCUCCUUUACAGCCUCUCACACAGAUAAAAAAAACCUCCUCACUCACACACCUCUGUCACUCUCUGGGCGACAAAGAAGAAUUGUGAAUCCUCUACAGUAAAUAACACCAGUAAAUGCCCAGUGGCGAAGUGGAUCACACGCAAAAAGGAAAAAUACUCAUCUGUAUUGGUGUUUUCGGAGAACACCAGACUGCUGCACAAAGUAAAAUGUAGGUAUUGUCCUCUGUUACUGCCUCGAAGUUCUAUUAACUCUGAGUGUUUGGGGUAGGCUGCAGGGUUUCUCCGCUGAAGUCCACUCGUCUUAACGGGGAACGAAGAUGUGUCAGAUUGAUAAUGUUAAAAAACUUCUCAGACACAAAGAAAACUACAGUUCAUGCAGCCUUUUAAAAUGAUUCGCAGGUAAUUUCACAAUUUCAAUUUUGUUUGGAAGCCCAUGAAAAUAAUUAUUUCUCAUGUAGGUAGCUUCCAAAAUUGGAUUAAUCUCAAUGUUUUAUUAUUUUAUUGUAUGUAUGACCUUCCAUCAAUAUUGA